AUGCGUAUUGGUGCUGUAUAUCCGUACAGUGCAUACCUAAACCCAACGCGACCUUCCAGAGUUUGGUCACUUCUCUGCCGACUCGCCAACGUCACAGAACAAUUUCAGCACUUCUCACUUCGCGGAGCUCCAGGAAACCUUGUCCCAAAGCUUCGCAUGCCGCAUUGUUCGGCACUGACUCGAGAGAAACACUGGUACCUUAUGCCUAAUAGCAACUUCGAAGCAACUUCAUCAAUCCGGGACUUGGCCGCACACCAGUAUCAUCCUCUGCCUCAAACUCGAUCAAGACACCGGGUCAUACAGUCAUAUUCGAAAGAAAUACUAUCAGGAAUCCACUGCGGUGGUGAAUCUCUCAUGCCAUGGCCUACACGGCGCCUACAAAGCACUACUGCUGGGCCAUUACGUACCAAAAUGAGAGAUUCGGAGACAGUACCAAAUCGGAUCCUGGAUAUGGACCAAGCGAGACAGAGAGGCCAAUCGAACCUGGCCAGAAAGCUGCCAAUCCCUAACCAAAAGUUCGCGCCAGCCGAGAUCUGCGCUGAACCCCAGCCAGUUUCCGCCGUUCUCCCACAUGGCGUCCAGGUAGUUCUGGGUCGAUAA